CUUCCUUCCCUUUUCCGUGUCUGAUGCAGUAACGGACGGCUUUAAAUGAACUGUGAAGGGCCGCUCUGGAGAGCGCACAGGCGGAGACUGACUAGCAGGUCCACAGAAGGAGGUCAGUAGCACGGGCCCCUUGGGACCUCCCCAUCGCUCCGCUUGGGAAAACAGCGCAGACGGGAGCUGGGCUCCGGAGGACCGGUCCUCGCGGUUCACCAUCUCUCCAGGUGCUCUCGGCUCUUCCGGACCCUUCCGUCCUCAGCCCGGACAAAACUAACGGUUACAAUAGUGGCGACUUAAACGAACCCGACCCGUCUUCGCCGUCGUGCGCACAACGGAUCGCAGACCCUUCCACGCGAACUCAGACCCGCGCGGGUCCUGGCCAGGGCGUGGCCGCCGCCCGCGACAGCGUGACCCGGAAGUGCUCGGCGGCGGCAGCGGCGGCAGGCGGCGCGGCCAAACCGGCGCACUCGCGCGCGCUCCCGCGGAACUCCCGCCGGCCGUUCAGCUCUCCCGGAGGCGCGCCCGAGCCGCCGCCAACAUGGCCGAGACGAGCGAGGAGGUGGCGGUGUUGGUGCAGCGGGUGGUGAAGGACAUCACCAACGCCUUCAGGAGGAACCCGCACAUAGAUGAAAUUGGCCUGAUCCCAUGUCCUGAAGCACGGUAUAACCGGAGUCCUAUAGUCCUGGUUGAAAACAAACUUGGUGUGGAGAGCUGGUGUGUCAAGUUCCUUUUGCCCUAUGUACACAACAAGCUCCUUUUGUACAGAACAAGAAAGCAGUGGCUGAACAAAGAUGAAUUGCUAGAUGUCACAUGCACCCUGCUGCUUCUAAACCCAGACUUUACCACUGCAUGGAACGUGAGGAAAGAACUGAUCCUCUCGGGCACUUUAAAUCCAAUUAAAGAUUUACAUCUUGGAAAAUUGGCCUUAACUAAGUUUCCAAAGAGUCCGGAAACAUGGAUUCACAGGCGGUGGGUGCUACAACAGGUAAUUCAGGAAACUUCCUUGCCUUCCUUUGUGACCAAAGGAAUCUUGGAAACAACUCCUGCCGAAAGGACCCAGCGACUAAUACAAGAAGAGAUGGAAGUGUGUGGUGAAGCAGCAGGGAGAUAUCCAAGCAACUAUAAUGCCUGGUCCCAUCGUAUCUGGGUUUUACAAAACCUGGCCAAGCUAGAUGUCAAGAUUCUUCUUGAUGAACUCUCUUCUACUAAACAUUGGGCGUCUAUGCAUGUUUCAGACCACAGUGGAUUUCACUACCGCCAGUUUUUGUUAAAGUCUUUGAUUAGCCAAACUGUGAAUGACAGUUCUGCAUUGGAGCAAAACCCUUUGAGAAAUGAGUCAGCCCCAGUUCUUCCCAAAGAUGAAGCAGCAGCAGCUUCAACAGAGGAACCCAGGAUAAAUCUUCCCCAUCUUCUAGAAGAAGAAGUUGAAUUCAGCACUGAUCUUAUUGAUUCUUACCCAGGACAUGAAACUCUUUGGUGUCAUAGACGGCAUGUAUUCUACCUUCAACAUCAUUUAAGUGGUAGAUUGGCUCACAACUUGAUCCAGCUGCCAUCUGCAGACAGCCCUGGGGGGACUGUGAGUGACUUGCACAUCAUCCCAGCAGGCCCCCAGCUGUCUCAGGCAAUGGAAGUGGAUGGACUGAAUGACUCUAGCAAGCAAGGCUAUUCCCAGGAAACCAAACGCCUGAAGCGGACCCCAGCCUCAGACUCCCUAGGCCUAGAAAUGGAACACAGGUUCAUUGAUCAAGUAUUGUCCACUUGCCGAAAUGUAGAACAAGCAAGAUAUGCAAAUGCAUACAGGAAAUGGCUGGUUACUUUGAGUCAGUGAAAGGUGGGUUAGUCAGUCCUUCACAAUUCCCUUUGUAGUGCAAUAUUGCUUUCCUUAUUUACAUAGUUGCAUGAACUGUUUGCUGAUGUUGGCUAACUAUAUGUUCUUCAUCUCUAAGCUGAAAGUCCAUAGUAAAUUUUUCAUUUUAUUUAUUUUGUUAAGAACUGGCAUUCCUUUGGGGAUAAAAUAAUCAUUUCUUCCUGUUAAAGAUUAGUGACAAAUUUUUAAUUUUUGACUUUUCUUUAUAUUUUUAAACAUGGGGCUUCUUACUUGGUUCCUCUAAUUGGUUCAACACACACGUCCACCCAUCUCAGGGCAGUUGCCACAUAGGCAGAUGUUUUUAGUAAUUAAAAAUUUAUGUUUCGAAGCUGAAGAACAUUAAUACAAAUGCAGAGUAACUUGAUCUAAUUGUUAUUUGGCAAAUCAAAGGCUGGCUGGAUGGAUAUGUGAAACCAUAAACCAGUUCUCUUUCUCUAGUAUGUUCCACUUGUUUUAGACUAAGAUAACCAAAGACAGGAAUAUUGGAAUUUAUAUGAAAAAAUGCUUCCAUGUAAUAUCCAUUUUAAAAUGGUUAUUUUUUUAAAAACUAAUUUAAGAGUUUCUGUAAUUGCAGUAUUAGAAAAAAUUACUUUUAGUACAAGUUUUGAUAGUUUUUAUCUCAUAUUUGGUAUAUGCCAAAACAGUCAUCAACCCUUAUAAAAUAAUUUUUCCCUAAAAGCCUAGAAUGCCAUUUUUAGUUAUUUUAGUUAUAACAUUUUCCUUUAUAAAUUUACUCAUAAAAAUUGGAGAAAUGAACAUGGGUAUUCAUAAAAAUGUUCCUUUUAAAUAUUGAAGUUACUUAGGAUACACUGGAUGAAUUAUAAAGCUUUUGUGAUGUGACUGUUAAAAGGUUACUAGAGAAGAGUUUUGCAGAUUACUUCUUCAAUCUUUAUUUUAAAAAUGAGAUAAAACACUUUGAGACUGAACUUAUCAGGGAUGUGGUACCAAAGUAUCCAUGUUAACAGCUGUCUCUGAUCUUUUUAAUAACAAGGGCUGAGUUUUUCAGGUCAGUGACUUGCUGGGGUGGGGAAGGGUCAGGUAAAGUCUGCUUUCUUGUUUUCCCCAUCGUAAUUGGUCUUUCCUUAUUCUUUCUACACACCUUAUUUUUCCAACCCAUUCCGUAUUUUUUUGUCAUCUUAUUUCAAGGAUGCCUACCAAAGUGAUCUCCUCCUUUAAUACCAUAUCGAAGAUACAUGCAAAUACAUGAAACAGGACCACCCCUCUAGAAAGUUCCUCUAGGGAUUUGGAAGCUGUGUCUUUUUGUAUGUAUUCACAGGAUUUGAGUUAUGGUGCCAGAGUGAGUGUGAGCACCAUGCUGUGCCUGCUUCCUUUGUACUUGCUUGACAGUCCUAGAGAGAAAGGUACAGGGCAAGGCGCUGAAGAAAGCCGGCACUGCAGGGAGCUGCAUUGUCUUAAGGGAAAGAAAGCAAUCGUUAACUUUGGUGUCAUGAUUUUGUUGAGUGGUAGACUGUUGAACUGGGUGAGACACUAAAGAACACUAGAAACAUUCUCUAGCCUGCCUCCAGUAGGCAGAAGUUGUCCUCUCUUGGGGCACAAUUACACUUUGGUGGCUUUUAUAGUAUUUAGGUGAGAACUGAAUUGCCAUUAUGAAUAUAAUUCCAUGGCUCUUUGUAUACAAAGUAUAUUUUUAAUCAAAUACCUCACGGUCUUCAUAGACCUCUGACUGAAAUCAUUAGAUUUAUUAUUUUCAGCUUUUGUGAGAAUUGAGGGAGGGAGAACCACACAGAAGACAUGGGAGGUUUAACCCAUUCCACUAAUAUGUGUUGCCAAAUUUUGGCCUCACUCAGUAUUGCCUUUUUUCUAAGCAUCAUUUUGGGUAUUCCGGAUAUUAGGGCUUCUUAUGCUUUCAUGUGAGAAAGUGUCAAGACACUAGUUUAGACAAUUCCUGGUAAAGCAUUAACUAAGUUUCUAUAGUCCUCCAAGCCUUUUUAUACCUUCUACUCAUCUUAAUUGGCUUAAGGCUCAUAACCCACUCCUUUCUAAAGCCAUAGAAUCCUUUACUAUAUUUUUAUCUCUUGUCUUCCUAAGAAAGUUUUAGGUAGGGAGUAAAAAUACAAGUAUCCAAAGGAUACUGUUAGUAUGUGACUUUAAUAUGCUACUUUAUUUCUCAAAUUUGCAUUUUCAACUGGUCAUUCACAGAAAAAGUUAGCAUUGCCCUUUCUGGUUGUAUUUUUUCCUAAGUAGACUGUACUUAAACUAUCUCUUUGAAUCAGAGUACAUGUAAUAUAAUGGACAUGUCUAUUUUCAGUGACAUGUUAAUCUUAUUUUCCUAUGAAUUUAUAAUUAUUAAAAGGAAAAGUUGGGUUUCGAUUGACAUACAUUUUAUCAAACUUUCACUGGAAGAAUAGCAAAUCAUUGUACCAUCCUGUGAAUCAAGAUGACUACCAACAAGCAAAGAGCAAUAAGAUCUGUAACUGUUUGUACCAUCAUCCUCACCCUACCAUUUUUUAGUAUACCUAUUUGAGUAAGAGGGUGUUUCCAGAUUCUAAUGUUAGCCUUCACAUUUGAAUACUCAUUAAAUAUUUAUUAAGUUAAUAAAUGAUUAAAGAAGGUAAAGAUGGGUUAUGAGUGAUAGAAAGAAUGAAUGAUUAUUGAGAAAUCAGUAGAUUAGUCCAGUGCAUUGUGAAUGAAUGAUGCUUUCCAAUUUCAUAAGACCUGGGAAGUGCCAUGUAUAUAGAGUAAGUCAAUUUAGGUUUUCUCCUUUAUUUCAUCACCUUAUUUAAAUUGGUUAAGUCCUAAUCAAGGAAUGUAAUUAUAGUCAUCAGUGAACUGUAAAAAACUCAAAUAGCUAAUGUAAGUCACUUGUAUUAAGAACACUACUUUUUCUUCAUUUAAGGAAUUGGAAGACAGAUCUUGCAUACAGAGCCCGAGCCAUUUUUGGGCAUCUGAGAAAAUUCUUUGAUUUCAAUGGCUUGUUGGUCUGUAUUUGCAUGGAUAGCCAUUUUAUGUAUCUCCUUAUUCCCCCCACUUUGAUCUGUGGACAUUUUAGGUAUUUCUUAAACUUGGAUGAGUCUUUUUUUGAGUUCAAGGAUUUGAUGCAGAUUACUGUCCCCUGUUAAAAACUUGAGGCCUAGACUUUCAGUUAGUUUUUAUUUGUAAGGUACGGUUCUAAUUUAGACUUCAUUAAUUAUUAAUGAGAUUAAAUGUAUACAGAUUGUCACCAAAAGCCACUGAAAUCUUUAGGUAAGGGCUUUAUGUGACCCAAGAUGUGGAAACGGAAGUUUUUGGAUUUUUAUGCAGCAGUUUGUAGGAAAGUUUAUGUGUUAGACUUUGUGUCAUUUAGAUAUGGUCAAGUUAUACCAGUCUGUGCUUGUUGAGUCACACUAUAUUUGUGUUUGUGUGUGUAUAAGUGUAAAGAGAACCUUUAAUAUUGUUAUGAAAACAUAGUAUAAUAAUUUUUUCUUAUGUAGCAUAAGAUGGUAUCUCAUAUGGGCUGAAUACAAUUUAUGAGUGCAGCUACCACUUGCUAUACAGCAAUGCAAUCGCGAUUUUAGCUCCAUUGAACUGUAAAAGAUGCUAAAAGAUUUCACUGUAAAAGGAACUGAUGUAUUUUAUUUUCACAGAAAGUUGAUUUAAUUUUAUUAUUUUGUUACUAGAAAAAUUAUAUUUUAAAAGUCCAUGCUAUUUAAAGUAUGCUAUAGAUUUGAACCCCAUUGUAACAACUGAACCUUUUGUCUUCUGAAUCUAUUUCUCAAACAGAAGUGUGCAGCCCUGACACUCGAUGUGCUGCAGUUUCUCCCCAGCUAGGAUGCUCUUGUUUAAGGGAGAAGUGUGUAAAGGCACUGGCAUGUUCAGUGUCAUGAACAUAGUGAGCAAGAACCGUAAACCCACGAGUUCUACUUACUGUCACACAGUGUCUUUCAAAAAAUAACUCUGCAUAACUGCGUUAAUUCGAGUGCCUUCUUAAUUUCUAAGGGAGCAAGAUUACACAUAACUCUAAUGUUUAGAUAGAAAACAGAAUGGAAGUUUUAUCACAGAAUUGAUUAUGACAUAUUUGAUUUAUUCUCAUUGCUAGGCAUGGUCCUAUGGGAUAUGUUACUCGUCAGUGAGAUACUGCUAGAAGUGGAUAGGAUGCCUUGAUUUGAAUUAAAGUGAUUAUCAGUUUUAAGCAUCCAACCAAGAAUUAGUUCUUUGUGACGGCUUAUGUUUUGGAGGUUGUAGGCAUCAUAUUUAUGGGAGUUGUGUGCACAAUUCAAGACAGCCUAUAACUUGUGCAACCUAUGGUCAAGCAGAAACAAUGGCACUGCUUCUGAAAUAAAGGCCAUUUUUUGUCCUCAGAGAAUCCUUUGCCUUACUUGAAGUACCUUCCUUCCCUCCCCACUUCAGGCCUAAUAUAAGAUCAUUGAAAGGAGGAGAAGUAGACUUGCUGUCUUUCAAAUAUUGGAGAAAAACAAGUAAAUACUAAGAUGAAAUUGAAAAAAAUUUUUUAUUUAUUUGUAUAUAAAAGGGAAAGGAUAGGAAUUGCAUAUUUCAAAAUAGCAAAUAAUUAUUUGUUGUAAUUUCCAAAAAAUCAUUGAGAUUCCAAAGUGCUUUACUGAGAACUCUUGAAUAAUAUAUUCCUAAAGGACAGCAUCAUGCCAUGCUCAUGAUUGUGACAGGAAAUCCAGUGUGUCCACUGUGGAUCUGGGCUAGGAGGGGAACCUCAGGCUCCCAGCUCAGACUUCUCUACUCUCACCAGGCCACGUUAACAGUAAAACCAAACUCUUGGCUAAGAAAUAAAAAUACUAGGACAGUAGCCUAGUCUGCUGGUAAAACCUUGUGCUUCCAAGAAUAUUUGCUACAUAUAGUUUGUGCUUUCUGGUCAAUAAUACAGUCCACAAAGCUAACCCUGACAUUUCUUUUAUUAGUCUGUUAUUCCUCAGGGUAUAGAAGAUUUAGUAAAUAUAGGGCAAAAUUUUAUAUUCAGUGGCAAAAAAGGCAAAAAUAUGCUAAAUACAGUAAUAGUUCUUAAAAUUUUAGAAUAGAUAGUAUUUUUUAUAAACCAGUCCUGUGCAGUAGCUCGCAGAUGCUCUGUGACUGCCUUGUUCAUCUCACAGUUUCAGUCCCUGUGGCUCUAUUCCGAACAUUCUAUGUUUGUCUUCUACAGGAAUGGUUUCUAUAUUAUUAUAUUUCCAUUUUGGCAGAGAUGGUGGUGAUUGCAUUUUGUUUUGGUUGACAUCAUUCUCAAUUUUUGAAAUUGCUAUGGAAGAAAACAGCUACCAUUGUUUUUCAGAUUGACAACAGUUUUUUUUCCUAGCCCUUUUUCCCUGAGGAUGUUUUAUAGAAACAUUCCAUACAUGCUCAGCACAUUGAGUAAUAUGUUACACAUUAUAGAAGUUCAGCAAGUCAGAUUUGAUAAGUGCUGGAAAGGUAAGACCAGCUUAUCCCUGUCUUAUCAUCAUUGUCCACAUUCUUAGGUUUGGAGGAAACACACCAUUUUUCAUGAAGUAUGUAAUCAGGUUCCAAUGCACAGGGCAAAGCUCUGAGUCUAAUUGUACAGCAUUACAAGUGAAAUUUGAUGCUUUUAAGGUGUAUGUAUGUUUCUGUGCAUGCCUACAUAUAUAUAUUUGUGUGUAUACAUGUUUAAAUGAUUUGGAGAUUGAAUUUAUAUGGUGAUUUUACAAAGAAUUUUAUCCAAAUGAUUUUUAUUUUCCAGUUUGCAUAAAUGUGUUCUUAACUGUCUUAAGACAGUUUUCUUUAUUACGCCAACACCCUCCAGCAAAGUUGGGAACCUUACACAAGAGCCCAUUUGCCUGAAUUAGCCAGAUGUCUGUGCAAAUUGUUUAUAUUAAGUCUCUGAUGGUUUAUAAACUGUGACAUUAUGGCUUCUCUUCCAUAUCUUCAGGGCAUUAGCCUUAAUUUUAUAUAUGGCAGUCACUUUCUUCAGAGUACUAUAUAGCAUACUUCAGAUUGUUUAAAAGGUAAGGGAUGGUAUAUUUGAAGGUUUUUUAAGUCAUAGGAGCUGUAAAAUUUCAUGUCUAAAUGUUGACAAAAACAGCAUUCUAUUAGAAAUGCUGGUAUAUUGUCCUCUGUCACAGAUGUCACCUUGAAUUUGGAGCAAGUAUCUUUUAUUGGUUAAAGCAUGGGUAUAGACAAGUACAGCCAUAGCAGGUGCCUAAUGAAUACUUAGUUGGUUAUUUUUUUUUUUUAUCUUUUAUUUAAUGAAUAUAAAUUUCCAAAGUACGACUCAUGGGUUACAAUGGCUUCCCCCCCCACUUAGUUGGUUAUUGAUCUGACUCCAAACUAAGUGAACUUUCAGAAAGGAUAGUUUGCCAUCCUUUCAAAGAAGAGUAUAUUUGUAAAGUAAUAUAUCUGUGAAAUUGAAAAAUUAUAUAGUUUGACAUGAAUUAGCAGGCUCAGUUUGGUUAUAGUUAGUAAUGUAAUGAAAAUAUUGUUUAUGUAGAACAUGAUCUGAAGAGAUGUGAAAAGUUCCUUCUUGUGCAGGAAUGUUAAUAAAUGUGAUUAAAUGUCUUAAAAAGUAGGCGGCUGACUUUGAGAGAGAGCUACUGUAGCCUUCUAUUACUAGUUUCCAUUACUGGCAUCUCCAGUGCUAUCUGAUCUUAGAUUUUUUAAAAAAUUUCUUCUUAAAUCUUAGUUGCUUUCUAGUGUCUUAAAAAUGGUGUGGUAAAAUAAUUAAAUUCCAUUAAGUAGCUUUUACUUGUUUUCUCAGAACAUUUUUGACAGGAGUAAGUUUUUAUGAAUGAUGCAGUAGUUUCAGCUUCUGUUAAUUUGUAGCUUUCAGAGCAUUUUUCAUACAGUUUACCUUUGUGAGAAGAGUAAAGAGCCUAAAGAAGAAACCAUGCAGAAACAUUCCUACCUGCGGAAGAGAGUGUGUAUCCAAGGGCAGUGAGGCACUGCCUCCUGGUGAGGUUUUUGAUGCAUGAUGACAGGGACUGAGGUGACCACUGUCAGUGCUGUGUUUUGUGUGUGCUCUAGGAGCAUAACAGAAUGUGUCUUUGAUUAUUUUAUUGUUUUAAUUUGGGACAUAUAAAAGAUGAGUUAUUGCAAAGAUGCCAAAUAUUUAAUCACUGUACUACAAAAACUAAGAAAAGGAAGAGAAGGAGAAAAAACUAAAAGGUCAGUACUCCUUUUUUGAUAGCUGCUAUGUUUGGGAAUUUGUUGGUUUCUUUUUUUUUUUUUUUUUUUAACCUAAGUUUCUGGAUACCAGUUAGUUGCUGAGUUUAACUCAGAGGGACUUUAAGGGAGAGGUUUUAAUUUAAGGGAAAGUUCUUAGAUAUAAUAUUCUGCUUUUAGAAUUCACCUCAUUGGAGUGUUUCAGGAAGUUUCAGUCAAUCCAUGUUGUAAGAUUUUCCUGCAAUUUAUGCUCAAAUGGACAAGUUACAUAUGUGAUGUGUGGUACAAAGUCAGAUCUUGGGCAUUCAAGAUAAGUUUGCACUGCUAUGUUUCUUAAUCUACUUGCCACUAGUAUCGCAGUCUUUAACUGUUUUUUAACUCUCAUUGUGUAUGAAUUGACCUGUCUUUAAAGGUCUAAAUAGUUUUGAAUUCUUUUUAUAUCUAAAAUGUAUGCUAUACAGAAGGAUAAGGUAAAUUUUACAGUGAAGUCUGUGUAGCAUAUGCUUGUGGUAUACUGUAAGUUAGUAUCCCAGAGUGCUUACAUUAUGAUGCUAAAUUGUAAGGCUAAUGUAGUGACUGUAGAUCAUCUGUAUCUGCACCAUUCAUUCAAUAGAAAUAUGAUGUAAGCCACAAAGUAAUUUUUAAUUUUCCAGUAGCAACAUAUAAUAGGUAUAAAUUAACUUUAAUAAUAUAUUUUGUGUAAAAUAUUAUUUCAACAUAUAAUCAAAUGUGAAAACUACUAGUGAGAUAUCUUGGCUACUUCUUUCCCCACAUUUAGUCUUCAGAGUUCAGUGUGUAUUUUGCAAUCACAGCACAUCUGAGUUCUGACCGUCUGCAUUUCAAAUGCUCAAGCUGCAUAUAGCUAAGAGCUACUUAUUGGGCAGUGCAGAUUCAUAGGCUACAAGGUAGGACUUUCAGGUCAGAGACAAUGAAGUAGGCAGGAAAUUAUGGUACUUUAAAAAUUAUUAAGAAUAAUUUAAAAAGCAUCUAAUAGAAUUAUCCACUUAUUUUUCUUCAUCUUCAUUUUAAAUUUCCUCUAGAAGUAAGAUCAACGUGUUCCAUUUUGCCAAGCACUAUUUCAGGAGGAAGAAAUUCCAUGCCAUAAAAAGUACCAUGAUAUGCUAAUUAUAACAACAUACUUUUCAGUUGUAUUCACUAAAUUCUGUCCUGUUUCUUUGACAUAAUAGCUUAAAUUGCAUGGUAAUUGUAUAUCUGUACCUGUUUUGUUUUUAUAUUAUGAUUAUGUAUACUAACAAACAGCCCUAGAAUUCUAAUCUUCCUAUGCAGCUGUCUUCCAGUAUUUACUGGUACUCUUAUUAAAUUGUGAUAAGUGACAGAAAAGUAGAAUGAACCAUUCUUUCUUCUGUUAGUUUUUUUUUAUCAUGUAACCGUGUACCAAGCCAGCUAUAAAUUAUUGUAUUUCUGUAGAAUUUGGAAAAUAGUGUUUGUCUUAUCUUUACUAAAUGUUUGCAAUUUCUAAGUAAACGUUUCAUCUCCUAAAAUGUG